CAUCCACAACCUCCCUGGGCAGCCUGUUCCAGGACCUAACCACUCUCCUAGUAAAGAACUUCCCCCUAACAUCCAACCUUUCAGCGCCCUCCCAUAGCGCUGAUGGUACCAACGUGGCCCCGGUGCACCGGGGCCGCACGGGGCAGAGCUGGGGCCGCGCUAAGCCGGUUACGGGGCUGCGACGGGGCGGUCACCCUGUGCGGAUUACGGGGGGAGAACAGUCGGUGCUCCCGCUGCAGUGGGAGGCACAAAGGACCAUUGUGCAAGAAGACAAAAUCUCUGUGUGUGACCGCGGCUGACACGUUAGAGCCCCGCUCUGCGCUCCAGCACAAAAGCCGCCUUGCUUCAUAUUGUUUGUUUAUGUAAAUAGAGGUGGGCAUUUAACUGUGCGGUCAGGGCAGCCCUCGUGGUGGGCGAGGAGCUGAUUGGGCCCCGAGGUGCCACGGCCAAACCCCCCGCCGCCCUCGCUGCCAUCGCCGGGGCUGAGCAGGGCCGGCUGCCCGCACAGCAUGAGCGAGAACGUGCCCCCGGUGCCCGGUGUGCCCGCAUGCAAUGGGAGCCCGGCCCCCGAGGAGGGUCUGCCGCUGGCUGGCAGCAUCACCGACGGCAUCAUCGGGGCCGCGGGGACGGUGCCUUGCAUGGAGGCAGGUGCACAGCCCGGCGCUCUGCUGGCCAAAGGAAAUGCGGAGGAAAGCGAGAACUCGUUGGCAGAGGACAUGGAACACGGGGACUGUGAUGGAGGGGAGCAGUGCGGAGAAAAGCAAGAGGAGAACAUUGCGGCACUGCAGCAGGGAGCAGCUGAGCCCCAGGAUGUGACUGAGCCCCAGGACAUGGGAGCCUGCAGGCAGGAGCUGGAGGAAGGGCAGCGGGCGCCAGGCACAGCGAGCAGUCCUGGUGGGGAGGUAGUGGUGACCCCCACAAGCAACACUGAGCAGAGAGGGAAUGACGCCGAGGAGGACGAAGAGGAAGAGGAGGAGGAGGAGGAGGACACCGAGGAGGACGAGGUGCAGGUGAUAGAGGUGCCGAAGGGGAGCGGCGCAGUCCCCCAGCAGCAGCAGGCCAGCACGGAGCUUUCCCCCCCCAGCAGCCCCACCUGCAAUGUGCCAGCAGAGAGGGCUGGGGAGCAGCCGGGGCUGGGGAAGAAGAACGACAUCUCCAGGCACAGCUACUCCCGGUACAACACCAUUUCCUACCGGAAGAUCAGGAAAGGAAACACCAAACAAAGAAUCGAUGAAUUCGAAUCCAUGAUGCACUUAUAAACCGAGGUGGGGAAUCACUUAAUGUGCCCGAGAGCUCGCGCUGGUUCUGGUUUUGUUUGUCUCCCAAGACGUGGCCUUCACACAGCAUGGAUCCACCCCUGCUUCCUUUUCGUAUGUGAUCCCCUAACUACCUUCCCCUUGACAGCAGGUGGGGCAUCCACGGGACAGGGGGGAGCGAUGGGUUUGCUGAAGGUGUGACAUCAAUCCGCUUCAAGUUCACCUGUUUGAUUCCAUUUUUCAUACCCUGCUCACACAGCAGCAUGCCCCGAGCUCACUGCGGUCCCAACUUGUGCUGCUGGGGUGGUUGGGGUCACGCAGCCCAGCCCCAUUGAGCACAGCCCAACCCAGCCCCGUGCAGCUCUAGGAUCAGUGCAAUGCAACCUCCCUGCAGCACAGCCGUGCUCUCCAUGUGCUGCCAUUUUGCACUGUGGCUGCGUUUCAUACGACUCAAUUUUUAAACUCAGUUUAGAUGCAGAUUUUUAAUUCUUUUUUUCUUGAGACAAAGCAGAUGUCAGGAUAUUUUUUUGCCACCCGAACGCAGCCUUUUCCCUUUCUCCAUUUUAAAGCUCUCUUGUAUAAGCACAGCGCUGUGGAUUCGGUCUCUUUCAAACUGUUUGAUGGAAAGCUUUGUCUUGAGUUGGGACGGAGCUUUGCAGACAUCAUCCCAGAAAGGACUGGGGAUGCUCUGGGCAAGGAGAGGAGCUCCGAGCAGGGCUGGGCUGUGGCUCCCACCCCAGCACUCCCCUUUGGCCAUCACUGCUUUUGUAAUGCUCAGUUUUACAUUCUUUCCAGCAGCACUGAGUACUGCUUUGACUUUUUUUUUUUUUUUGUUCCACUGAAAGGCAAUUAUUUAUUGGCAAUGUCAAAAUAAUAAAUGGCAAUUCUGUGUUGUACAAACAAAACACAGUCCUCAUUGUACCAUU